ACAAGCAGCAGAGGCGCCUUUACACUCCUGUUUCCUGUUUCCGGUUUCCUGUUCGCGGCACGUCUUUUCCACUUUCACAAAACACAAUGCCCAAAUCCAAGGAGAUGCUUUCAUCCACAUCUGGGAGUGACUCAGACAGUGAAGUGGAGACUAAGGCAAAGAAGAAGAAGAGCAGUGCAUCAGAGAAACCAGCUGCAAAGAAGCCAAAGACUGGAGAGAGCUCCAAACCUGCAGCUGCAUCCAAGAGCAGCGGCAGCAAAAGCGAGGACAACAUGUUCCAGAUUGGAAAGAUGCGGUACGUGAGUGUGCGUGACUUCAAGGGGAAAGUCCUCAUUGACAUCAGAGAGUACUGGAUGAACCAGGAUGGAGAAAUGAAGCCGGGCAAGAAAGGAAUCUCUCUGAACCCGGAGCAGUGGAACCAACUGAAGGAGCAGAUCUCAGACAUUGAUGAUGCCAUCAGGAGGACAUAGUUCUCUCAUCUCUCACCUUUCACUCAUAGAUUUCCAUGUUUGUGUUUGAUAUGUGUAGAUUUUUGUCCUGUUGGGGCUAUCGUAGCGGCUGUGUGACAGUCCAGUCUGUGUUGCGGUGUGAAUGGAUGCUAAUUAUUACACAUGGGUGUGGGGAGGAACCCCAAGUUUUUUUUAAUAAAGUAACACGUUCGACAAAA